CUCUGGCAUGCUCACGAAGAGCCGCCCGUCCACCAUGUCUGUUGCCUCCCUCGAAGCCGACAUCUUCAAGUCGAAAAAAAAUCUCAACAACAUUGUUGAGUUGCUGCAGCUCGUUGAUCUCUCGACUGGAUCUCUCGAAACGGUUAACGAGGCUGCCGCUGCACUGUACCGAGUUUUCUCUCAUUUCCUGCAAGAUGGCACUCUUCGACGUGUGGACGGAGACGCUGCUAAGUCUGCUAAAGGCGCUGUGCGUGAAUGGCUGAAUGAAAAUUUUAAGCUGUUCACAAGUCAUAUUUCUCAAGUGUUUGAUGGUGAGGAUGUUGACGAACUUCAGGUCUCCUUCCUCGCAAUUUUACUUCGUCUUUCGAAGGCAGAGGGGUUGGACGGUCCCUUGCUGAACCAACUGUAUUUCCGUGUGUGUUCUACACUUCUUUAUGCAGAGAAUUUGUCUGACGUUUGCGUCAACGACUUUGUCUCUAGUUACUUAAUUCAGUACCGUGAUCUGCGUUUCUUCUUCUACAAGAACGCAUCCAAAAUUGUUGCUGGAAGUCUCCAGGAGAAGCACGCAAAAAAAGAACGGAUUGCUUACAAUGCUCUUCGCAUCGUAUGCGCCAUUCCUCAACCAGUCGUCGCCGGCGACGACUCUUCCAGCUGGGCUCCAUGCCUGGCACAAAAAACGACAGAUGAUGCCUUGUUGAAGAAACAGUUUCAGGAAAUGCUGAUCCCAACGCUUCAGCUUCCGUUAACUGUACCCACUUUUAAGCGAAUUCUGGCGGUUAUGCACAAGCGUAUCAUUCCAUUCUUGCCAAAGCCAACGUUGCUGAUGGACUUUUUGACAGAUGCCUACAAUUCGCAUCACACUGUCGCCUUGUUAGCAUUGAACGGCUUGUUCACACUCAUCUCGCAGUACAACUUGGAUUACCCGCUCUUCUAUCCCAAGCUGUAUGCUCUGCUUGAUCGGAACAUUCUGUUCUCUCGCUCACGGUCACGCUUUUUCCGUCUGCUCGACUUGUUUUUGUCGUCAACUCAUUUACCCGCAGCUCUUGUGGCUUCAUUCAUUAAACGUCUUUCGCGCCUGGCGUUGUCUGCUCCUCCAGGAGCCAUUGCCAUUAUUGUGCCUUUCAUUUAUAACUUGCUGCAGCGUCACGCAACCUGUAUGCAGAUGAUCCACAAGCCGGGAGACCUGCAAGAUGACCCCUUUGACGAGGCUGCUGUUGACCCUAUGCAUACAGGUGCACUCGAAUCCUCGCUGUGGGAGUUAGCUUCGUUGCAGACGCAUUUCCAUUCUAACAUUGGUAGUCUUGCCUCCAUCAUGAGUCAACAGUUCACCAAGCCACGUUACGAGUUAGAGGAUUUCUUUGACCAUGGCUACCAGACUAUGUGCUCGGCUGAACUGAAGCGGCCAUUGAAGCGUGAACCGGCGUUUGAGUUUGAAGCGGUGUCUUUUGAUGCCGGUUUGGAAGAAAGUUGGGAGUUUUAACGGAUCAGUUUAUGGGGCAAAGGGUUUAUUUGCUCUUAGCCUCUCGGUAUUUUUGUUUCAUCAAUGGAUUCGGGUUUGUAAAGCAUUAAAAUAGACUUUUUAAGUAAUAAAUUGAGGUGGGGAUCCGCAGAUACCUAAUUAAUUUUAAGUUUAAAACGUUUACCUCGCUCGCUUAGCUUGGUCUCAAUCGUAGUACCCUUUACAAAUGAACCAUCCUCAACG